UUCUCGGCUCAAGUCGUCCGUGUUUUCCGUGAAAAACAAAAACCGUUCGGAAAAUUCAGCUCGUAAGAGCGUCGCGGUGCUGCCUUUGUGUGUGUGAGUGCGUGUGUGUUUUGUGGCGUUUUGUGUUAAAUAAAUUGAAUUAAAGGCCCUCCCGAAAAUAAGUGCAAAACUGGCCACGCUCUAAAUUGUGUUUAUGUCCCACUAAUUUAUAUGCCAAGUGAUAAGGGAGAGGGGAAAUCUACGAAAAAUUCCAAUACGAAAAGGCAACAAAAAAGUUCUGCACAGCAGGGCGAAGCGAGUGGGGCGGGCGACAAAAGGAGAGGGAGACGAGAUAGCAAAACAGAACACAAAGAUUUUCCCUCUUGUUUAUUUACGCGCGUGAUUUUGUUGUUGUUUUGAUCGGUAGCCGUGCAAGUUGUUGUUGUGAUAUCCAACCGGUGUUUUUCGGUGCAACUUCCCCCUCGUCCCCCACAUCUCCCCAGCCACGCAUCCUGUUUGUAUAAAGCGGGAAGAAAAAUAAAAUUAUCUCUUGGAACGCACAAAAAAAUGCAGCAGGAAGUGUGAUGUCACCGCAUUGGCCCCGCGCUCCAGCAACAACAAUAUUAAGAUCUACCAUUAUCGCCAACAACAAAAGCAAAUAUCGCCCCACAACAACAACAGCAGCAACAACAAGAUGAAGAUGCAGUUGCACUUUGUGCGUUUGUUGUUGCCACCGCUGCUACUGCUGCUGCUGCUCAACACAUGUUUGCAAAACAUUCAGCCAGCGGAAGCGACAAAAGCACACACCGUCACUGCUAAGCAUUCUCCUGCCCUCGAAGAGUUCUCAACUCACACUGUGAUACGUCCCCAGGUGCAACAUGGACGCACCAAGCGCAGCCUGCCAACCACUCUGGACGCCACCGACGGCCUUCACACGCCGCACAUUAGCCUGAGCUACACCCACGAGGGCAGGCGGGUGACCAUCGACCUUCAGAGGAACGAUCGCCUGCUGCCGGAGCACCACUUCCUGCGCUAUCAGAACUCAAGCAGAGCGGCCACUGGUGGCAGACACGGAGGCCACGUUGUCCGCAACUUCACCAAGACUGAGGUUGAUUUAUGCCACUAUCAGGGACACAUUCGUGGCCAACCGGACUCUGUGGUGGCCCUUUCCACCUGCGACGGUGCACUGGAUGGCAUCGUCUUUGAUGGGCGGGACACCUACUUCAUCCAUCCCCAUGUUGACAGCACGGGGCGACUGCAGGAUGACCACUAUCUGUUCAGACAGGCUGACAUGGUCCCAACGAAUGCCACCUGUGGCUAUGAUAGCCAUAGCCAUGACCACGAGGAGGCGGUGGUACCUAAUGGCAUUGGAGACGACGAGAGUCCUUUACUGCCACACCUCCUUGAUGGCAACGAAUUCCAGCGAACCCUACUCCGGAAGCGGCGCCAGGCGGAUGACAGCAGUCAACUAAUCCGAGGUCCGUACAACGCCAACAAAUAUUCCAGCUACGUAGAGCUGGUCAUUGUGGUGGACAAUAAGGUGUACAAGCACUUCCAGGAGAGCGCCAAGAAGGUCCACCAGCACUGCAAGAAUCUGGCUAACAUUAUCAAUUCGCUCUACGUUCCACUGAACAUCUUUGUGGCGCUGGUGGGCGUGGUGAUCUGGAACGAGUCCAAUGAGAUCGAGUUCUCCAGCGACGGUGAUGUGACGCUGCGCAAUUUCCUAAACUAUCGAAGCACCAAACUGGUGGUGGAUCAUCCCAACGAUAAUGCCCAGCUCCUGACCAAGGAGACCUUUGCCGGCGGCGUCGUGGGCAAGGCACUGAAGGGUCCCAUCUGCACGUACGAGUACUCCGGCGGCGUCAGCAUGCAGCACAGUCCCAACACGGCCAUGGUGGCCACUACGAUGGCCCACGAGAUGGGUCACAACUUUGGAAUGGAGCACGACUCUGACGACUGCAAAUGUCCGGACGAGAAGUGUGUGAUGGCUGCCUCGAGUACUUCUGUGGUGCCCGUGAGUUGGAGCAGCUGUAGCAUUGACCAGCUCACGAUAGCCUUUUCGCGUGGCAUGAAUUACUGUUUGAGGAAUAAGCCGGAGAGGCUCUUUGAAUCCCCCACUUGUGGCAAUGGCUUCGUAGAGCCCGGGGAGCAGUGCGAUUGUGGUUUGCCCAAACACUGCACGAAUGCCUGCUGCAAUGCCGAGACCUGCAUGUUGCACUCCAACGCGUCUUGUGCCACAGGAGAGUGCUGUGACCUGGCCACCUGUCGUCCCAAAAUGGCAGGCAGUGCCUGCCGGGAGGCAGAGAACGAAUGCGAUUUGCCGGAAUACUGCACUGGAGAGUCAGAAUACUGUCCCACAGAUGUUUUCCGUCGCGACACAGAGCCCUGUGAUGGCGGUCAGGCCUAUUGCUAUCAUGGCAACUGUCGCUCCCACUCGAAUCAGUGCCGAACUCUGUGGGGACCCACUGGAGACAACUCAGAGCAUUGCUACGACAAGAACACCCUUGGCUCGAGGCUGGGCAACUGUGGCUACAAUCGGUUAAACAAGACCUUUGUCAGCUGUCCCGCGGAGCAUGUCAACUGCGGCAUGCUGCACUGCAUCCACCUGAACGAACGCCUCGAAUUUGGCAUGGAAUCGGCGGCUGUGCUCUCCCAUUCCUACAUCAGUCACGACCGUAAGAUUGUGGCCUGUCGCACUGCCCUAGUGGACCUCGGACUGCAGACCACCGAUCCUGGCUUGGCGCCCAAUGGAGCCAAGUGUGGAGACGACAAGAUGUGUGUGGACCAACGCUGCCUGCCAGUGGCAACGGUACGCCAGAAGGGUAUGGGUAUGCCCUGUCCGGAGGAUUGUAACGGCAAAGGUACGUGCAACAGUCGCGGGCACUGCCACUGUGACGUCGGAUUCGGUGGCGAGUCAUGCUCCAGAACGGGAUCUGGAGGCUCUCCGGACAGUGGACCAGCGACGGAUCCAAAUGGUUCUGUUGGUCUCAAGAAAUUCCUUAAAGUGCUGUUCUUCUACGUCCUGCCCAUGGUGUUCCUAUGUUGGUUACUCUUCCACGGCUACAAGAACGGAUGGUUCGCACGCGGAAAACUGGCGGAUAAUAUCUUGAAACCCACAGGAGGAACCAAAGUCAUCACCAUUCGUACGAAUCAAAAUGGCAGUGGUCCGCCGCCUGGCAAUGGUGGCUUACUCAAGUCCACUCCCAGUAGCACCGAUGAUAUGGAUGCGGCCUUGCUGAAACAACCAACGACUGACCCAGUUGGCCCCGCAGGAUUGUUUGGAAAAUUCGAGGGCUUUACACUGCGUCCCCUGAAUGAUGCCACCUCGCCUGGCAGCAACUACAGCGGUCCGAAUGUGGCCUUCGUCCAGCCCACGGUGCAGCAGGACGGACCACAACGAAUGGCACCACCACCGCCGGCAGGAGCGGUUCCGGUGCAUGCGCCCAAGCCAGAGGCCACAUGGGUGAGACCAGCGCCAGCCCUGCCACCGCCGAAUCCUGGCUCCACGGCGCGACCCAUUAUCUCGCCACCCACAUUGGAUUCGAGCACAUUAACCAUGGUGCCGCUCAAGGGCAGUGCGGAGGAGGAUCUUUCGCCAACGCGAUCCGCACCAGCUCCUCCAGUGCCCCUGCACAUGGAUCCCAAACUGAAUGUCAAGAGGGACGGCACCAUUCGUCGCUUUGCCUCGUUCCUCAAGAAGGAGGAGAAGCCGCCGGUAAAGGAGAAGACCUACAUCGAUCGGGAAAGGUUGCGCACGCUGGAGAUAUCCGCUCCUAUGCCCGUGCCCGCUGCUCCUCAAACGGAGUCCUCCAACUCGGAUUCAGAGACAACACCCAGAGAAGAGGAGACCCAGAAUCUGGUGAAACGCGCCCAGUCCAUGCGGUCGCCCACGAAAAAGACUCCACUUCAAAGCUUUGGCUCUAUGCGUUCACCACCUGGAUUACCGCGUCCUAAAAGCGGCCAGGUAAAUAGCAGUGGCACCUCGAGACCCAAGUCACCACCGCCAAGACCACCACCGGUAUCGAUCAAGAAAACGAACUCCAUUACGUCCACGGGCUAUCAGAGACCAGUGUCCACUGCCCAGCGUUCUGUGGAGAAUACCUACGACGACUGUGAGUUUGUGGAGGAGGCAGUUCGGGCCUCCAACGAUGAUAUAUACUCCGUAAUUGAUGAGAUACCGCCGGCGGCACAGACCCUCAAGCGGAGCGAUCUCGUGGCCAAUCGAGCGAGCAAUGGCAGCGACAUGGGAUUACUCAACGAGAUAGUUAACGAGCUUGAGAAGAUCAAUGGCGACUCCUUAUAUUCGGGGAAACCAGUAGCAACAGCAGUCGCUGCAGCAGCCCCCAAGAGUCCCCAGCGACCGGCGCCGCCCAAGCCAGCGAGCAGUGUCCUGGAGGAAAAGGCAGCCGCCGCGGCGGCGGCACCUGCCAACACAUAUCAUCGUACGCCAUCUGUCAAUGCACCGGUGGCUCGGGUCAAGCCCACACUGGCGGAAAAAUCUCAACCGCCCAGUAUGUCCAGCUUUAAGCCGUCGUCAGGAACCGGCAGCGUUGGACAGGUCCAACCAGCGCCAACCGUUGUCCAGCAGCAGCAGGCCAAACGGAGCAGCAGCGGCAGCGUUAGCGGAGUAGCCUCCCGACCCAAAUCCUUUCUGAAAAGCACAACGAAAACACUGCCCAAUGGAACGGCGGGAGCGGCGUCAACUGCUGCGCCCUCGGCCACCAUUCAGAAACCGAAGCCGCUUUCGGCCAAGCCAUCGUUCAGCGGCGGAGUAGUCCUGGGCAAGCGGACAACGCCGCCCACCGUAAAGACGGUGACAGCGGCGCCGCCAAAGUCCAAUAUUGCAUCGCUGACACAGCGAUUCGAGCAGAGCAAGUAGACUAAGGAAUAGAGCGAGUGGGUAGACGGGAGGAGGAGCCAGACCAUGGACAUGGGUAGGAAAUAUUGAUUGGAUGAGAUAGGAUGAGGUUUACGCAGAACAGAGAGUUUAUCAACUGAAAUUGAUAAUAUUAUAUUUAUUAUUCAAAAUUGAAUUACUUAUUUGACACCAUUUUUUUUAAAUCUAUACUUUUCGACCUAUUUUAAGUUGUAAAUUAUAUGGUUUAGGAUCCAACACAUUUUUAUGGUCUGCAAAUUAAAUAACAUAGAUACACUCUGAUCACAAAUCUGAGAUUACGGUUUAAAUUCUUUUAUCGACUGAUAUUUCAUAUUUAAACCCCGACAUUUUUAUGUUUUUU